GAAAUGAUGGGAGAUCGCGAUGUGGAGAUAGGCGGAACUUUACAGCAGUCGAUUUCCAGCUGCCUUCAAGUUUUGGAUACAUUACUGACACAAAGGGAAGUCUCUGUAGUGUCCAGUAUGGAGGUGGCAAACAAGCAGGAACCGAUAUCUACGGAUAAUAUUGUGGAUGCACUUACCAAUAUUUUAGGACUACGGGAUGCCAAAUACGUCAGCCUACACUCCACACUACCGAACUUGGCAUGGAUUCAAUGACAACCAUGGAAGCCAAAGUAACUUUAAAGAGAGAUUUCGGAAUAUUUCUUUCUACAAAGGACUUGAGAGGAAUGAAUCUAGCGAGGUAAUUUUCUACGGUGGUUCAAUAUUAAUUACACAGGCCCACAAAAAGUUGUCUGCGCCAUAAAGCAGACCAUGGCAUUUUUACAUAUUUUCGGU